GGCGGCGUUUGAGCGUGAAAAACGUGAAGGAGAGAGAGAAACGUCACGUCCGGGGAAGUGUCGUCGCUUAGAGUGGAGCAGACCGGGUGUGUGUUGUGGGGCUGCAGGUCUUUUCACUUUUUACCAUGGGGGAGCCUCAGCAAGUGAGUGCUAUGCCUUCGCCACCACUGCAGUACAUCAAAGAGUUCACUGAUGAAAAUGUCCGCAAGGGGUUGGUCCCUAAACCACCACCGCCCAUCAAGGACAGCUACAUGAUGUUUGGUAACCAGUUCCAAUGCGAUGACAUUAUCAUCCGCCCCCUGGAGAGCCAGGGUAUCGAGCGGCUGCACCCUCAACAGUUCGACCACAAAAAGGAACUGAGAAGACUCAACAUGUCUAUACUAAUUAACUUCCUGGAUCUACUGGACAUCUUGAUACGAAGUCCUGGAAGUAUAAAGAGAGAGGAGAAGCUGGAGGAUCUGAAACUACUGUUUGUUCACAUGCACCACCUCAUCAACGAAUACCGACCUCACCAAGCCCGGGAGACCCUAAGGGUUAUGAUGGAGGUGCAGAAAAGGCAGCGCCUGGAGACUGCCGAGAGGUUUCAGAAACAUCUCGAAAGGGUGGUAGAGAUGAUCCAGAACUGUUUGGCCUCAUUGCCUGAUGAUCUGCCCCUGCCUGACGGCGAUGUCACUGUUAAGACUGAAUGUGUAGAGGAGCCAUGUUCUGACCAGAAGGACACCCCCACAGAGGCUGCCAGUUCAACCAAAGAGCCACCAGUAGACAAAGAUGCAGCCAUGUGUGUUAUCAUUGAUGAGAUGACAUAGGGGAUAUUUAUAAUAUUUAUGUUUCAGGCUGCCCGUGGAACCUUGGCCAGAGUUUUUGGGUCCUGACAAAUAUUUGUCACCUCCUCAGAUGCUCAGGUGACCACCAUACUUCUCUUGAGGACUCCUUAGAGAGAGGCUGGGAUGUAUGUAUUUAGGCAAUAUGGAAACAAUGUUUCGGGAAAGCAUUGUCCUGCUCAGGAAUGUAUUUCUACCUUUUUAUUAUCGAUAUGUUCAUUUGCAUUCUGUUUGCCAAGAAGUAUUUUCUGUUUGGGCACCCAGUGGGAGGUGUCCAGGUCUAUAGGUUUGUUAAUAUUGGGUUCUUAUUUGCUUCAUUAAAAUGCUUUUGCUUUUUGAAA